ACUAACAAGAAUCAGACACAAGUGGACGAUUUGUCCUACUACUCGCCUGAUGACGAUUUUAGUGACUCUGAAGAGUCUAAAGCGUUAACGGUUAAACAUCGCAUUCUUUCUCUCAAGAGAAUGUAUGAAGAAAUCCAUGAAUUUCCCGACCCCAAAUACAUAUUCGACCUUAAAACAAAAGGGCUCACUACUCCUAAAAAGUUUGUUGCAUGGUGGAAUAAGAAACAUCCAGAUUUUCAAAUCACCGUUGAUUCUAUUUGGGAAUGGAAUUAUCGCAAAGAUGAAGAUUCUUUCCGCUAUAAUCUCAAAUGGGGCGAGUAUGGAGAUUGAGAUUAGAGUAUUAUGAACAGGUUGUCUUAUACCAUUUUUAUAAACACAUAUGAAUAUUAAUUUCAAAAGAGGAACAGUUUUUUAAAAAUUUCAAAAUUUUUUAAAUAUUAAAAAAAAUUUUAAAUGUAUAAAUAA